GGGAGAAUCAAGAUUCAUAAUCUUAUCAAUUCACCAUGUAAUGGCAUAGGAUUCCCAAAGCAACCUUUAAAAAACAUUCUCGCCAUUUUAUUCAAGUUUUGUUAUGAUUACUCAAAAUGAAGUGGAUAAAAAUUGCUUCUUGCUUGUCCAAAACACUAUCAUCAUUCAGUCGCAGCAUGCAACAUUUGAAGCCCAGGAUGAGCAGGCUGACUUUCGUCCAUCUUCUCCUGGCGUGGCUGCUGCUUGUAGCUUCUCAACAACGUUUCUCCUCCAAUAUCAAGGUCCAAGCUGUUGAAGCAGUUCAUUUCAAACCGAACCCUGCUCAACUUACCUCAAAAUCACACAAGGGAAACGUCUUACCAGUUUGGGUUGCAGAGAAGAGGAUUCAUAAAAGUCCAUCAGGACCCAACCCUGUAGGCAAUCACAACCCACCAUCCAAGCAAUGAAUCGACAGACGCGCCUGUUAGCACAGCCAGUAGAUGGGGAGGUCCACAGUAUUCCAUUAAGGUAGGAGAAGAUCAGCUGGUAUUCAUUUAGGUUGGAAAAAACCUGAUCCCUGGGUUUUUAUGCUUGUAUAAAAGAUGAAAUUAGCUUAGAUUCAUCAUCUUAGAUCAAUUUUCGAUGAAGAACAUCCACGUUUCUCGUCUCUAGUAAAGCCUUUUGUCAUGAGUUGUUUCUGUAGAGAAAACACAUUCCAAACAGAGAUUCCUGUGUCUUAAUCAGAUUAUAUUGUGUACGCAGAAACAAACAUUCGUCAA